AUGACAAAAUUAUCCAAUCUUUUUGCUACGGCUCUUUUCGUCUCCAAUGUCAUUGCUCAGACUGACGGCAAUCAACCGGCCAGUGGAGGCAGUAACAAGGACAUUGAGGCCUCAUGCACGACGCCAGAGUGCUUCCAGGACAAGAAGCUGUCCUACUACAUAGUAUACUCUCCAGAAUGUACGAGCGCCGAGCAACACACGGAAGAGGUCUGCCUGGGAUCCGACGCGUGGUGCAGCCAUGGCGGCAGGGCCAAGCUCUACGGUUCCAAAGAAAAGUGCCUGGAACUUCGUCCCAAGCCGCAGAGCAAGGCCCCGUGGCUGCCCAGAAGCGACGCUCCUUGCAGCGACGAGUCGGAAAAGUGUCUCGGGACAGAAGACGCGUGCUCCCAUAUCGAAAACGAAAUCCUCGUCGCGGAAGCCGUGGAGAUGGACCUCGACAUCUUUGAGAAGCUCUGUCUCGAGCAGCGCUCCAAGGAAGGCACCGCCGACCAGCCCGAGCAAGGCCCAAGCCCGCCCAAGGAAACACCAAAGCCUUCGCCCACGGCCAGCCCCGAGCCAUCCGCGCAGCCCGCGCAGCCCGAGACGCCCUCCUUCCAGCUUCCCGACUCCGAGGGCUGCUCCAAGCCCGGCGCCGACGAGGAGCCGUGCCUCGGCAGCAUCGCCUGGUGCGAGAAGCACGGCCAGCAGCAAGGGCUGGGCGACAAGAACGCCUGCCUCUUGACCCGCGGACUGGACGUCAAGGCGUUUGAGGAGACGUUUCAGGGCCUGGUCGCGCCGGUCAAGGAGACCAUUCUCACGUGGGCGCAAAACGUCACCAAGAAUGCGGCGCUGCGCGAGAUUUUGUUCAAUUCGACGGCCGAGGCGGCGCAGAAGAGCGUCACGACGGACUUGUCCGGGUUCAUGGACAAGGUGCAGGGUUCUCUGGAGAAGCAGGCGCUCGAGGGCCUGCGCAAGGGACUCGAAAAGUACGCCGGACAGAAGCUCUUUUAA